GUUCAAGAAGAUGUGCUUCGCUGGUUCAGAGGAAAACCACAUGAAUUUUUCGCCGACGGCAAGCGGAAACUUAUUCGACAUUGGCUGAUCUGCAUCGACAAAGAAGGCGACUGUGUUGAAAAGUUAAGGUACUGUCAUGUAGCAGACAUCCUAAGCUUUCAUUUGGUGAAUAACUUUUGUAUGUAGCAUCAGUAAUAAAGAAAUUAUGAACUUGGAGGCAAAACUUUUUGAACGACCCGUGUAAAAGAGAUUGCGCGGUUACUCGUGGACCUGCUCCAAAACUCUAUUCUUGGGUAUGGAAGUAAAGGGUUAAGGACUGUGUUCAUCAAUUUGACAAGGGUUUGCAUGACAGUAACAUGGAAAACAAUGAGCAUUAAAUUGGGUCAGCAACGCUUAAACUGUCAAACACGGCCAAAGACUUGCCAUUUUUUUUCGACUCGUAGCAGUUGUCAACUCUCAACCCAAAAGCCGACUCUCUCUCUCUCUCUCUCUCUCUCUCUCUCUCUCUCUCUUUGUCUCUCUCUCACACACACACACACACACACCUCGAUGGGAGAAGCCCAACAUGCAUUAUAAAGUAGCUGUGAGAUAAGCCCAAAACACUUUACGCUCUAUCAGCAGGCAGUCUCUUCCGACCCUGAUGACUUUUAGAGCAUAGCGAUCCCUACUGUUAAACAGCACUUACUUUCAUUCUUCAGCCUGUUAAAAGAGUCGCGCAAAAGUAUUUGUCAACCGUGAAUGUAAUCUAUCUUUAGAAUCGAUUCUUUUCUCACAGCACAGCUCUUCUUUUCAUUCAAAUAAUUUUUAUACAAACAUAACUUUAGAGUGCGUUCGACUCGUUCAAGUGUGGAGGAGUGGAACGGAGCCUUAAGACAGACGUCAUAGGAGAAAAUUAAGCCAAACAAGAGCAACUUCACAAUUAGAUCUGAGGGGGAAAAGGCUUCUUUCUUCACUACAAGUUUGUCAGCCGGAACGACUGAAGCUGAAUCGGACUACACCCUACAUCAACUGAUUCUAGGACAGCCAUGCCAAUAAAGUAUCUUGUGGAUGGGUCCCGAACCAGAACACCUGGUCUCCGUGAAGCUGGAGGAAGGGGAGAUGACUCUUCAGGACUGGGUGAAAGAGUAUCCGGAGCAGCUGGGGUCCACGGUCAAUAAGACCUUCGGGGGCAAGCUCCCCUUCUUGCUCAAAGUGCUGUCUAUACAGACGGGAGCUUGCUGAGAAGUUGCAUUUGGCCAAUUCUAAAGAAUACAAGGACGACCACCACAAGCCAGAAAUGAUGGUUGCUUUAACUCCCUUCGCGGGACUCUUUGGCUUCAGGAAGGUGCAAGAGUUGUGUAGUUUUGUCGCUAGAAUUCCGGAGUUGCGCAAAGUUCUCGAAACGAUCCCGGACGAAUUGUUUGAUGAGGUUGUUACCGAGAACGGCCAACAGUUUAAACAAGACGGUCAGGAAGAUACGAUGAAAGAGUGCUUCAAGGCGCUCAUGCGUGCAGACAAGGACACAGUGAGCACGGAGCUGGUGAACCUUGCUGAACGUAUUACAAGAAUGAAGAAGAACGGUGAAGACAUUUCUCAUCUGGAGGGAGAGGUGUUUCUCAAAGUCUACGAAGACUACCCAGGAGACAGAGGCUGUUUCUCCAUCUACUUCCUCAACGUUCUGCAUCUGACGCCAGGCGAGGCUGUGUUUGUGAACACGUCAGUUCCACACGCCUACAUCUCUGGAGAGAAGAACGGUGAAGACAUUUCUCAUCUGGAGGGAGAGGUGUUUCUCAAAGUCUACGAAGACUACCCAGGAGACAGAGGCUGUUUCUCCAUCUACUUCCUCAACGUUCUGCAUCUGACGCCAGGCGAGGCUGUGUUUGUGAACACGUCAGUUCCACACGCCUACAUCUCUGGAGACUGCGUCGAGUGCAUGGCCAGCUCCGAUAACUUGAUACGUGGGGCGUUCACGCAGAAACACAUGGACAUUGAUACACUGAUUGAGAUGCUGGACUAUUCUGACGCGUAUGCCAUCUGUCCCAAGCUACAGGGAGAAGACAUAUCAAAGAAUGACGUGCGUGUUACUCGCUUCAGCACGCCCUUCCCGGACUUCGGGAUAACGAAAUAUGAGGUUCCAAACCACAACGAGAGUUUUGAGAUGGACGCCAUCUGUAGCCCAAGCAUCUGCAUUGUCAUCAAGGGACACGGUACAGCCACAUGCCAACGAGGAGCACCGGCAACCUUGAGCUUGAAAGAAGGGAGUACGUUUUUCCUAGCGGCGGACACUGUCAUGGCCGUCUCGUGUGCCGGUUCGGGGAUGCUGCUGUACCGUGGACAUGUUCGGGUACCUUGAAGAACUGACUGGACUUUGGACAGAUUUCUCAUUUUUAAUGUUGCUUUUUAGAAUCAAAGUUGAAAUUAAAAUCACGUUCCGGUGUUUUAUUAAAUAUAGGUAUCUUGUUAAAUCUUUCAAGUGCUUUACUCAUUUUCACGUUGCUUUUUGAAGCAAAUUUGAAAUUGAAAUUGCUUUUCACUGUUUUAUUAAAUAAAGGUAUCUUGUUAAAAAAUAUGUUCUAGUGCUUCUUAACUCAUUGAAGAAGCAGCGCAUUACGGCCAUUUGGCAACACUUAAAAACGCAUUAUUGAGGGGACAUUUAAAAGAAAAUAAAAGAAAGACAACUUCCUAAUCUAUA